AUGUGGCCGGCUGAUAAGGUGGCGUGCUACUGGGAUGAGGUGGAAAAGCGAUUGAAAUCUGAGCAAUACAUCGACCAUGUGAGGAGCAAGAUGUUCGUGCAAGUGGACCAGGACCAAGAUGGCAGAGUGAGCUUCGAGGAAGCCAAGGCCCUGAUCUGCAAAUCCCUGAGCUGCGCAGCGGAUUUGACCAAAGCACCCGGCCCCACGCGGGACGAAGUUCGUUUAGCCUUCGAUGCGCACGACACCCUCGUUGAGGGUCGCGGGCGAAUGGGCGUGGAGGAGUUCGUGAACUUGGCUCGUGCCUGGGCCGCGGCUUCCGAGGUUCGAAAAAAGUUCCUGGGAAGUGUCUUCCAAGAGUCUCUGGAGAACUGUGCUCAUCGCUUGCGCAGCGCAGCAAAUCGCCUUUCAGCUCCAGACCAGUGGAUCCUCUUCGUGAGCCCCUUUGCAGUGGAUGCUGCGGCCGUAGACCUGGGCUUUGUGCAGGCGCUGCGCACAGCUCUGCUUCGGCGGCACCCUGAAGGCCCUGAAGCGAUGGCGGCGGGCAGCGCUGCGCGAGGCGAAGACGGCCGGCCGGCCUGGACGGCACGCAGCAUCAAGUACCGCUUUUACAAAGUGCAGUACCGUUACUUGGCCCAUGGCACUCUUCAAGGUCCCCUGACCCCGGAGGAUGGAGCAUGGACCUGCCUUUUGGGUGAUGCCUCGUCUGGAACUCGACUCUAUAGGCCAGGAGUUUUACAAGCCUUGCUGAAGAAGACAGUGGCCUUAGACGUCGCGACGCUCAUGGUGGAAUUGGAUCUGUUGGCAAAGCCGGGGCAUCGAAGGGGGGCGCUGGCGAUGGUGAAAGUUAUGAUCAUCAAUCAUUAUUGCUACUACUAUGGUGUCGUGGUUGAUGAUGCUGCUGGUGAUGUUGGCAUCGCAUCGUCCCCCGAGAGCGUUGUUGCGCAGGUUGGGAGGUUCUCCGCCUGGACCAAGGCGCCAUCCUUUAAGCUUCGCAAGGCUCCGGCGACGAAGAGACCGAGAUCGCUUCGGCCGCUGGGCUCCAAUGGGUGUCUUCGAUAA